CCAAGAAUUUCAAAGCGCUUGCUGCCACUGAUAGCAAGUCAAUUCGUCUGUAUCGAGCAGGUUAUGUCCAGAAAAUCGAACUGAUGAAGGCCAACAGCCGUGUGUACUACCGUGCCCGCUGUCAGCCUGAAAUGAAGACCAAAGCUGACUACAAACUUCGGCUCGUUGCUCAGUGUGACUCAGGAUCUGCCACCAGUGUUGUUGGUGCUCAGUGCACUUGUCCUGCUGGCAAGGGUGUUACUGCCAGUUGCAAGCAUAUAGCUGCACUGAUGUAUGGCUUGUCCGAGUUCACUCUGCUUGGGUUUAGUGACGCUCCGACGUGCACGGACAUGCUGCAAAAGUGGAACCAGCCUCCUGCAGGUGCAGGUAAAAAGAGUGAGCCCAUGCUGGUUCAAGACAUGGAGUGGCGUAGAGGUGGCAGUACCACUGACAAAUCUGCGCCAAAGAAACGUAAGCAUUCUGCUGCAGAAGUACUUGACCCUCGUGCUGUUGCAAAGCGGAUGGACUUUGCCCGGCGUUUGGAGGAAUACGCCAACUCAACCAUUCACUCCAACUCCAUCCACCUAGCAUUGCCUCUUGUUGCUGGUAGCUCAGGAUUUGCUGCUAAGCAGAAGGAGGACAGGUUGCACAGAGCCCAAGCGCAGAAAAAGGAGAGACUGGCUAGGGCAGGGGAACAGAAGGACAAGUGGCAGGUUGAGCACAGCAGAUCAGGUGAUGUGACACCUGUGCCAUCUGACUGCGAGUGGCUAACUGAGGACAAGCAGAUGCUGUGGUAUGAGUCCAAUGUCAUACUUACUUCUGAAGAAGCCAAUGCCCUGCAAGAAGCCACUGCAUCCCAAACAACAAGUGAACUCUGGAGGAAUGAACGAAAGAAGCGUAUUACAGCUUCCAUUGCCCAUACUGGAGCUCAUCGACGACCUCAGACUGACCCGUCAUCCCUCAUAAAAACUAUCAUUGAUCGGCCGGCGUUCACCACUCCUGCAACCAGAUGGGGGAUUGAUCAUGAAGAAGAGGCACGAUGUGCCUACGUAGCCCACCAAGCCAAGUCUGGCAAGCUGAUAGAUGUUGUUGCAUGUGGCUUAUUUGUGCAUGCUGAUGAAUGCUGGUUUGGUGCCAGUCCCGAUGGCAUUGUUAGGGAUGGUGAUACAUCACUUUUGCUCGAGAUUAAAUGCCCGUUUGUUGCUAGAGACCAAAGUCUAGCAGAGGUAGCUGGGUCUACUGCAUCAUUUUGUUUGUCCAACAAGGAUGGUGUGCUUUCUCUCAAAACAACACAUGCCUACUAUACACAAGUGCAAAUGCAGCUCUUUGCUGCAGGCCUUCAAUUUUGUGACUUUGUAGUGUGGUCUCUCUGCAAUGAUCUUUUUGUUGAGCGCAUUUCAUUUUGUGAAGUGCAUGUCAAGAAAACUCUCGCAGCUUGCCGAACAUUUUAUUUUGAUCAUGUUCUCCCGAAACUGGCUCUGUGAUCAAGUUUCUUGGUAAUAGAUAUAUUCCUCGUCAUCUGAGAUGACCAUUGCUCACUUUGCUCCAG